GCCCGGGAGUCCUGGCGGCCUCGGCGGGUCGCGCCCCCUCCGCCCCGGCCCCCGGGAGGCGGGGCCGCCCACAGGGUUAAGGGAAGCCGAGGGCCGGCCCACUCGCCUCCUCGCCACCGCCAUGGUCGAGCCCCGCGCUGCCGCCCGCCUGCGCGUCGUGCUGGGACACCUCCGCCGCCCCUCGGCCGGGGACGUCGUAGCUCACCCCACUUCAGGGACUAUUUCCACUGCCAGUUUCCCUCAACAAUUCCAGUAUACCCUGGAUAAUAAUGUUCUAAGCCUAGAACAGAGAAAAUUUUAUGAAGAAAAUGGAUUUCUUGUCAUUAGAAAUCUGGUGUCUGAUGCUGAUAUUCAACGCUUUAGGAAUGAGUUUGAAAGAAUCUGCAGAAAGGAGGUGAAACCAUUAGGAUUAACACUCAUGAGAGAUGUGACCAUUUCAAAAUCAGAAUAUACUCCAAGCGAGAAAAUGGUUGUGAAAGUGCAGGAUUUCCAGGAAGACAAGGAGCUCUUCAGAUACUGCACUCUCCCUGAGAUUCUGAAAUACGUGGAAUGCUUCACUGGACCCAACAUCAUGGCCAUGCACACAAUGCUGAUAAACAAACCUCCAGAUUCUGGCAAGAAGACCUCUCGUCACCCCUUGCACCAGGAUCUGCACUACUUCCCCUUCCGGCCCAGCAAUCACAUCGUCUGUGCUUGGACAGCGAUGGAGCACAUUGACCGCAACAACGGUUGUCUGGUCGUGCUCCCAGGCACCCACAAAGAACCCCUGAAGCCACACGAUUACCCCCAGUGGGAGGGGGGAGUUAACGUGAUGUUCCACGGGAUCCAGGAUUAUGAGGAAAACAACAGCCGUGUGCACCUGGUGAUGGAAAAGGGAGACACUGUUUUCUUUCAUCCCCUGCUCAUCCACGGAUCUGGUCGGAACAAAACUCAAGGAUUCCGGAAGGCAAUUUCCUGCCAUUUCGCUAGUGGCAAUUGCCACUACAUCGAUGUGAAGGGCACCAGUCAAGAAAACAUUGAGAAGGAGGUCAAACAAAUAGCCAAGAAAUUACAUGGAUUUCAUGGUAGCAUUGACAUGAAGGAUAUUUGGAUGUUUCGAGCUCGACUUGUGAAAGGAGAAAGAAUCAGCCUUUGAAAUAUCCCUUCACUAUAGCUCUUAUACAGGAAACCAAAAUGAAACAAGGUGUCUAAAGAAAAUGUUUUCUUAAUGGGAUGAUGUAAUCGUUUCUACACUUGUUAACAAAAUCAAAAAAUGUGUCAGGUACUUAAUUGCAUGCAGUUAAUUUUGCAAUGCAGUGACGUUGCUCUAAGCAAAGUAAAAACAGCAAAAGUGAAAUAUUACUGUUUUAAGGAAAACUAAUUUAGGGUUACAAUUAAUAAAGGUGAUUGGCGUAUGA